CACCCGUUCCCCAAGCUUCCUCAAGACUUUCGUCUUAGAAUUUGGAGGCAGGGCCUCCCAGCUUCUCGCAUCGUGCCGAUACACUGCGGCAGAAGGGAUGCUUCUUCGUCGAAAGCAGUCGCACAGCCCCAGGACUAUAGCAUCGACACUUGCAUUUCAUGUGCAAUCAUCCCGGCAAUCCUCCAUGUUUGCCGCGAGUCGCGUUCAGAAGCGCUGAAAGAACAUCAACUUUCCUUCGCCGUAGCUGGAAAAUCCGGCAAGGUCUUUUUUAGCUCCAAGGAUGCACUGUAUUUUGAAUUCCGGGAUGGAUUUACCGAAUCACGCUCGCAACUCUUAGGGUUCGUGAACACCAUCUCUGGAGAUCAGCUCACCCAUGUCAGAUGCGUGGGCAUGAACGCAGCGGUUCUCCGGAGGAAGGAUGCACCGGCGAGCUUGCUCACGAAUAAAUCGGUUGAGUGUCUCAAAAUGAUGGCCAAACAUCUCCCUCACCUGGAGCAGCUCAUAGUUGUGCGGCACGAUGAGAACCCCAUAUAUGGCCCAGACUCGGUGUUUAUUGAGCAAACCAGCGAGGACAUGGGCCUGUUGCGACGCUUGAGGUAA